CCUCUGUCCCUCCCUCCCCCUCUUCCCUUGUCAAUCUUCUCCCUGAUCCCCUUUUCCUCCUCCACCAAGAUUCACCAUGCUCAUCAAGGAGUACCGCAUCCCCAUGCCCAUGAGUGUGGAGGAGUACCGCAUUGCUCAGCUCUAUAUGAUCCAGAAAAAGAGCAGAGAAGAGAGCUGUGGUGAAGGUAGCGGGGUGGAGAUUCUUGAGAACAAGCCCUACACAGAUGGACCGGGUGGGACGGGCCAGUACACCCACAAGGUUUACCAUAUUGGCAUGCACAUUCCCAGCUGGUUCCGCUCCAUCUUGCCCAAAGCAGCACUGAGGGUUGAAGAGGAGUCCUGGAACGCCUACCCUUACACCCGCACCAGAUACACCUGCCCCUUCGUUGAGAAGUUCUCCAUUGACAUUGAGACCUACUACAAGCCCGACACAGGCAACCAAGCAGAUGUCUUCAACAUGUCUGCAGCAGAGAAGAGACAGAGAUCUAUUGACCCAAUCGACAUAGUGACAGAUCCCAUUCCCCCUCAUGAGUACAAAGCAGAGGAGGACACACGCCUCUACAAGUCAGCCAAGACCCAGAGGGGUCCUCUGCGGGACGACUGGAUAGAGGAGUACAACAAUAACCCAGGGAAGACCCCCAUCAUGUGUGCCUACAAACUCUGUAAGGUGGAGUUUCGCUACUGGGGCAUGCAGUCGAAGAUUGAACGCUUCAUCCAUGAUGUUGGAUUGAGAAAGGUGAUGGUGCGUGCCCACCGGCAGGCCUGGUGCUGGCAAGACGAGUGGUAUGGUCUGACCAUGGAGGACAUCCGACAGCUUGAGCUGGAGACGCAGCUGGCUCUGGCCACGAAGAUGGCCCAGUUCAGUCAAGCAGAAGAGGCCACAGAGGCCAACGGAGGUGCGCCAUCUCCGGACAAAGACCAGGAGGUUAAGGAGGCGAUAAGCUCCAUUGAAGCUGAGGAGGUGGUUGUCAGCUCAGGAGGAGAGACUCUCCAGCCACGAGGUGUACUGACCAAGCAGUGGUCCACUUCAUCCAGAUCCUCCCGCUCAUCCAAAAGAGGAGUGAGUCCAUCACGUCACAGCAUCUCAGAGUGGAGGAUGCAGAGCAUAGCGCGAGACUCAGACGACAGCUCGGACGAGGAGUUUUUCGACGCUCAUGAGGAUCUCUCAGAUGGCGAGGAAGUCCUCCCGAAGGAAAUCGCCAAGUGGAACUCCAACGACCUCAUGGACAAGAUUGAAGCUGCAGACACAGAAGAAACCCCUGGUGAGCUGUUCAAGGAAAUGACGGUGGAUUAUGAAAGAGCAACCAGUGAGGAUAGACUAGACGAGGAGAGCUCGUCCCAGCAGUGUCUGCAACCCUCCAAGAUCCAUGUGCUGAUCUUGGUUCUGCACGGAGGGAACAUCCUGGACACAGGCGGAGGCGACCAGAACAGCAAGCAGGCCGACGUCAACACGAUUAGUACAGCUUUUGAAACAGUCAUGCGUGUUCACUACCCCGCAGCGCUGGGACGCAUUGCCAUCCGCUUGGUACCCUGCCCUGCCAUCUGUGCCGAGGCCUUCUCCUUAGUGUCCAACCUGAGCCCAUACAGCUACGAUGAGGGUUGUCUGUCCAGCAGCCAGGACCACAUCCCCCUGGCAGCUCUGCCCCUCCUGGCCACCUCUGCUCCACAGUACCAGGAGGCCAUGGCUACCGUCAUUGUCAGAGCCAACCAGGUGUACACAGACUUCAUAAAGUCUCUAGGCGGGGCGGCCUUCUCCGGCCAGGUGUGCCUCAUUGGGGACUGUGUUGGAGGAAUCUUGGGGUUUGACGCGCUGUGCAGUAGCAAUCAGACAGUUAAUGAAAGCCAGAACAGCAGCCGCAGGGGCAGUGUCGUCAGCGUACAGGACCAGGACCUCCUCUCUCCUGGCAUCAUUGUCAACAGUGGGCACGGAUCAGCCUCUCCGACACUGGAGGGGAGCCGCCACCUUAGUCGCAGUAAUAUCGACAUUCCUCGUGCCAGCACAGGUGACGACACCAAGCGACAACUGCCACGCAAAAGAAGCGACUCCUCCACCUACGAGCUAGACACAAUAAAACAACACCAGGCCUUCCUGACCAGCUUACACUCCAGUGUUUUGCGGAGCGAUACAGUGUCACGCAGGUCGAGCAGCAGCACGAUGCUGGAUGGGGGCUCCCUGGGGAAAUUUGACUUUGAGGUGUCCGACUUUUUCCUGUUUGGUUCUCCACUGGGCUUGGUACUCGCCCUGAGAAAGACUGUCAUUCCAAUGCUGGAUGUGGCCCAGCUGCGGCCUGCCUGUCAGCAGGUCUAUAACCUGUUCCACCCAGCUGAUCCUUCAGCCUCCCGCCUGGAGCCUCUCCUGGAGAGGAAAUUUCACCUCCUGCCUCCCUUCAACGUGCCCCGUUACCAACGCUUUCCCUUAGGAGAUGGAAACUCUGCCCUACUGGUGGAGACAGUCCAGAGCAACGCUCAGCUGCUACUUGACAGCGGGCCUCCCCUGUCCCUUCGCUGUCAGGAGACCAUCAGUGAGACCUGCAUCCCUGUGCCUGUGCUAAACUGGCAGGAGGGCUCCCUCAAAGCCACACCCGCCACUGUGGAGUCGGAUGUUGUUCAGUCUCAUGGUGGUGUCUUCAUGGACAGUUCGUACCCCUCAUCCCCCGUAACGGGCCCCCUCUCCCGGGGCCAGCGGAGGGCCAGUGAGGUCAGCAUUGCCAGCCAGGUCUCAGGAAUGGCAGACAGUUACACUGCCACCAACAUAGCCAACACCAAAUCAUGCCAAAUUAACCAAUCCAAAAAGUUCAGCCUUUUGUCCCAACUCGCCCUUUCAUCACAAAACAAAUUCUUCCUGAAAAGUCCUCCUAAAUCCCGUAAGAAAGCAGCGGCAGGCCAGGCCGCAGGAUCUCCUGAUGCAUAUCUAGUGGCAGAGCUGGAUGGUGAUACUAGUGAAGCUCUAAGUCCCACUGGCCAGUACGAGAACUGCCUGUCUGCUGGGCUGGACUUUGCAAUAUCUGAUCUGGUGUCACUGGACUCCCAGGCUGAAGUGGACCAAGUUGCAGCGCGUUGGUGGGGCACAAAGCGUCUGGACUUUGCCCUGUACUGCCCCGACGCUCUGACCGCUUUCCCCACAGUGGCUUUACCGCACCUCUUCCACGCGUCAUACUGGGAGUCCACCGAUGUUGUGUCUUUCCUCCUGCGACAGGUCAUGAGGCAUGACAACUCCAGCAUCCUGGAGCUUGAUGGCAAAGAAGUGUCUGAAUUCACCCCCUCCAAACCUCGAGAGAAGUGGCUCCGCAAGAGGACUCAUGUAAAGAUCAGGAACGUGACUGCCAACCAUCGUGUAAAUGACGCCGUGUUCACAGAAGAUUCCCAGCAGGUCGUGACAGGUCGCUUUAUGUACGGCCCUCUGGACAUGGUUACCUUGGCCGGGGAGAAGGUUGACCUCCACAUCAUGACCCAGCCUCCGUCAGGAGAGUGGGUUUACUUUAACACAGAAGUGACAAACAGCAGCGGCCGCGUGUCUUUUGUCAUCCCAGAGGACAAACGUCUGGGCAUCGGAGUCUACCCCGUCAAAAUGGUUGUCAGGGGAGACCACACAUUUGCAGACAGCUACCUGACAGUUAUUCCACGUGGCACAGAGUUUGUGGUAUUCAGUAUUGACGGGUCAUUUGCUGCCAGUGUGUCAAUCAUGGGCAGUGAUCCCAAAGUGCGGGCCGGAGCCGUGGAUGUUGUCAGGCACUGGCAGGAUUUAGGCUAUUUGAUCAUCUAUGUGACAGGACGGCCGGACAUGCAAAAGCAGCGGGUCGUUGCUUGGUUAUCUCAGCACAACUUCCCUCAUGGCAUUGUCUCCUUUUGUGACGGCCUCGUUCAUGACCCGCUCAGACACAAGGCCAACUUCCUGAAGUCACUGACAGAGGCUCACAUGAAGAUUUUCGCUGGCUAUGGAUCAACCAAAGACAUCUCAGUCUACACCUCCAUCGGCCUCCCUCCCUCCCAAAUAUACAUCGUCGGUAGACCAUCCAAGAAAAUGCAGCAUCAGUGCCAGUUCAUCACAGAAGGAUAUGCAGCUCAUUUGUCCCAGCUGGAGUACAGCCAUCGCUCUCGGCCAGCUAAGUCCAGCAGUGCACGCAUGGUCCUUCGUAAAGGCAGCUUCGGCUUGGGUGCAAACAGCGACUUCCUAAGGAAGAGGAACCACCUGCUGCGCACCAUCUCCUCCCAGCCGGCCCCCAGCUCCCCAACAGGCAGCAUCCACAUCAGGCCAGAACGUACACAGAGCCAAUCAGACGGCGAGCGGCUGGAGCGGGAGCGGCUGGAGUGCGCUCACAGCUACAGCCAGGGAGCAACACAGCGCAGCAUGAGCAUCACAGCCGGCUGCUGGGGCCGCAGCAGCAGCACCAAGUUGGAGCAUGGCGUUCUCAGCCCCAAGUGAGAUAAGGGAGACAAUGUGAGAGCACCUUUGGGAGAGAGACUUAAAAAUACAGUGCUGAAGAAGAGACCAUUGACAAAGAUAAAUGCAACAAGCGAAAAACAGUUGGCCUGCACCAGAUGGGUAAAUACCACAAUGAAAACAAUAGGUGCUACAAACCACUCUUUGUAAGCUAAUGCCAGUCACACUCGACACAAAUAUUUAUGAACAGAGGCUAUGGCUAUAUUUAUUAUACAACACACAAACAGGCAUUUCAAGGAGCAUCUUCCUGAAACAGGAACAUGCACAUAAAUAGACAUACAGUAGCUUAUAUUGUAGGGAUCCAGACUGUUUCUACUGUUUAGUAAAUAUUUAUCUGUCUUGAAUACGAGGUCAGUUUUCCUCCUACAGCAGGCUCUUAGAUUGGAGACAGUUACACAGACAAGCACCCCAAAGCUAUAUACUGCAAACAACACAAAGAGGAUACAGACAGCCUGUAUCAGGUCAAGGUGGUGAUACUGCACUGUAACUAAGUACUGCCAACUUAAGCACAGCAAUUACUAUAGAGUUAUAAACUUUGUGCAUAAUAGUUUUAAAGCUAUGUCCUUUUUAUGUGAUAAUCAGAUAUGUUUUCGUCUGGGAGCAGAGCUGAGAAUCAGGUAAAACUGGACUGUUUCUUUUUUCAAUGUAAGAAAAACAAACACACAAUCAUUUAGCCAAAAUGUGUCUUUUUCAGAUUUUGGUUUUUUUUUUCGCAUAGGCAUCAUCAUUCACCAGCAUUAAAAACUGGUACCAGUACCCCCAAAGUGAGACCGAUACCAGUAGAGUACUUCAUUUGAUACCCAUCAUGUCAAUGGAGUGGCUUGUUGUAUAGCCAGACUUUCAAAAGUUUUGGUGACUUCUCGGCAUAUUAAACUGCCAACUCUGUCAAAUGCAGCACGCUCAACUUACCACAUCACAGACUGUAUGGGUUGUAGCUGCUGCUGCGAGUGUGAGCUCCAUGCCGUGGACACAGUGACAGGGCUAACUGUUGGCAUAAUGUGGCUAACGUUACCUAACUGUCAUGUUUAACAACAGAGCUGAGCUGCUUCGGUGGUCUCUAAGUAUGCUUACCCAGCUGGCACUGAAUGUCAGUAUGAUGGCAGACGAACGUCGACUAUUAUGUCAGACGGAUGUUAAAUUUUGAAUGGAACUCGUGUUUAAGACAUGAGAAGUUGUGAAAACAAAGUCGAGAUCUUUGAGCUCUUAGAAAACUUUUGUGAAUACCAGAGGAGGGGGGCGUUCAUAUGGACUCUUCUCAUGAACACGGUAAACGCAUCCACAUUUGAACGCAGCAUUGUUCUUCAUACCCUUUGGCUAAAUGUUAUUAUUUUACGUGAAGAUGACAUUUGUUAACAUUGGAGUUUGGUCAAAUAGCAAUGUAACUUUCAAGCAACAAAAUAUCCGUGUCAUCUGUCAUCAGUAUUCUACGCCAAAUUGACGUUGGCAUCAGACGUCUUGAUAUCACAACCUAAAUUCAAGAUAGAAGGAAAUGCAGGUAUUGGAGAUGUUUUAAUACUGCUUGGUACUGGAUUGUUUCAGUCAAUACCUUAAAGGUAUGCAGUACUGAUACCAGCCCGAAUUUAAAAACAAUGUUUGAUCUUUAAGCCGACAUAAUCUGAUUUGAUCAAGAUCUUCUUGUUUCAUUUAAUUGUAGCGUUUGUAAACAGCAAAUAAUGUUGCACCAUACAGUCCAGUUCUGCUUGUUUUCCAGUCGUCCCUCAGACCAAAGAACCAUCCAAAUAUCACACGAAGCAAACUGCGAAAUUACCCUUUAACUACGGUUGCAGCUGAAACUGUUCCUGGGAUUUUAUAGCAUUUCACCACAUCUCGCCACUCUGCGCUGCUAAACCUUCCUGAAUCAGUAAAGUGUGACUCAGCUGUCAGGAAAACUCCUGCCGCUGUACGGUUAAUGUGCCAAAGUAAACAGUGUAGAGUGAUAUGCUGUACACAAACAGAGAGGAAGUGAUUUAAGGUCUCCUGUGUAAAAAUAGAUUGUGUAAGUAUGUAGUUGAACGGCUCAACAAGGCUUGUAUAUAAUUGUUAUAUUACAGUGCAGAUCUGGUAUCUGGUCCACUGAAGACCAGCUUCAAGUGUCUUCUUUACUCUGGGGGUAAACACCGCCUCAUUCAGGAUACACUUUAAUGUUUGAUUAUGAUAAUUAUUGUUAUUUAAGAUUAUAGAUAUUUUAAAAUGUAUUUUGUGAACAAAAUGUGUUUUAAGAUUACUUUAGCUAUCUUGUGUUUUUUUUUCCUCUUCAAUCUUCAGUUGCAGCAGCCAAAACUCCAAGAAGUCUUUGCCUGGCACAGUAUUGUAUUUUUAUUAUGUUAUCUUGCAGAUCACCAGAAUUGUAUCAACAGAACUGCUAUCUUGUGUCAUAUAUUGUAUGUUAUCUAUUUUGGAAAUUUGGGAUAUGGCUUCUCUCUGGUUAUCCCUAAGCUGUAAAUGAGGCGUUGAAUGUGCUCAUAGAUAAUCCUCCUUAGGUUAAGGUCUUUUCUCUGUUCUGCUGCACCUUUAGAGGAAGAGAAAUCUGCAAAUUGUAAAUUCUGUACAAUAUGCUGAAGUAGGAACACAGAGCUAAGACUUACUUUAUGCUGUUUGCCAUUUAUUUUAUGAAAUGGGUACAAAAAGUGAUUUUAUUCAUUCAAAUUAUGUUUAUUUGUCCCUCUAAUAGGCAAGUAGAGAGCUGAUUGCAAUGGACCAAUAUGGGCUCAAAUGUAAGGGAAACGUGCAAUAUUUCUUAACCGCACCACAAGCUCAAACAGACUGUGUUGAGGAAAUGUCACAGUGCAUUGACAAUCAGUUCAACAGGCACAUUUUCUACAGACGUCAAAGUGCAGAGGGAAUCUUAGCACUCAACAAACGUGCAGGGCACACAUGCAACAUUUGUAGAGUCCAUUAAAAAAUGAGAUAUUUCACACAAGAAAGUGCCACAGACCUGAUAAUGAUAUGAGAUGUCACAGUGGAUUUUCUCCUGUGUACUGACAUGCUCAGUUUUUGUUUUUGAGGUCGAGAUGAAGUCACUUAUGUUAAAAAAGUGACCCAGAAAUCUCCACUCAGUUGCCAGUUUUUAAGGUAAACCUGUCUAAAACGAAUGCACUUUAUUUGGAAAGUCUACCAACAUUUAGUUUACAGAGUAUUUGUAACAUUUCAACAGCUAGUAUAUGAUGAGAGUCAACAAUUCAACUGUUUUGCUUUCUCUAUGUAUGGCAACCUUAUAGAGCAUGUUUUCUCAACCUGAGGGGUCCUGACCUCCACUGGGGGUUGCCAAACCUUCACAGGGGAGAUUUGAGGCCUUCUUGAUUUUAAGGGGUGUAAGAAAACUUUUAAAGAAUACAUAUAGUCAACCUAUAUCUCACAAUUUUAUUCAUUUAUGUAAAGAAAACUGGUUAAUUUAAAAAAAAAAAAUGUUUAUUCAAAAUAUAAACUUUGAAAAAAUCUGACAGGACAUGGUUAAGACCUGAAUUCAAGCUUUAUUUAUAGAGCCUUCACUCUGCAAAAGGAGAUGCUGGUUUUAUUUGAAAAGAGGCUUAUUAAAAAUUAAAUAUGUAUGUUUGCUAAAAACUCAAAAAGAAAUGUAAAAGAGAGUAUUUUAUUAAAACUUUCAUUUAUUGAGGUAGAUAGAUAAUUAUCAAGCAUUUGAUGGCCCCUCUGCAGUAACUCUGAGGCUCCCAAGAGGUCUCGAACCCCUGGUUGAAGUCCGAGGCUCUAAACUAUCUGUAGGCGGACUCUCCAAAUAAAAUGUAACAAUGCAGUCCUCCAACUGGCAUGAAGGUUACAAACUGUUAUAGAGAGGAUCAAUGUCUUGGUCAUUUUGGAGGCUGUAAUUUGAGGUGCUGUUGAAUUAUGUUGUUAUACUGAGAGGUGUUUUUUUUUUAAUUUUUAUCACAGAGAUAACUGAGUUUACACCCCAAAACAAUACAAAGGCACCUAUAACUUCCUUAUUCAGGUCUGUUUCCUGCAAACUGCUCCCUCUGCAUUUUGACCUCUUCAGCGAUUCGGCUAGAAGCCAUAUUAUAAAAUGUUUUCGAAGGCUGCUGAUUAAAGAAUGACUGUUUGCACAUUGAUAGUAAUUAGAAGAAAAAAAAAGGGAAGGCGAUGCUGUAAAUCAUGCACUCAUCUAAAGUUGGCAACUACUGAACCGUAUCUCCUCCCUCUGAGAUCUGAAUUGCCUGGAUAUUAAAAUCCAGAGAAUGUAAAUACGAAGCGGUGCGGUUGUCUGUGAAGUUUGGAUACCUCUGGGCAGACAGUCGCUUCGAUUCUGCUACUGACACACACAUUACCAGAGGCCUUACAUUUCCCUUUUCUGCCUUACAUUGACCAUUGUGUUGCGAGGCCUAGAAUGAACGCUGCUCACUCCCAAAUUGACUUCAUGGAAAAGAUCAGACUGUUUACUUUGUGGAAAAAGGAAGAGGCCAUAUUUUCUUAAAAGGCUGUGGCUUGUUUUCACGUUAAAGUAGAUGUACAAAGGAGAAAUCUAUCUGACAUAUUUCACCAACAUUAGGCAAUCUGUCUCAAGCUCUGUUCCCCGGGUUAACGCAACACCGCCACUGUUACAUCAACAGUUAGCAUUCAUAGGCUGUACAUAUAUGCAACAUACCUUGGUAAAUAUUUUCAUUGUACAGGGUGUGUAUCUUGUAGGUUUUGGGUAAAUUCAUUUUAUCCAUUCCCUUGUGUUUUUAUGUACAGUGUAUAAAGAACAUAUAAAGAACAACUCAGUCAUUUUGGCCUUUUUUCACAGAAUCAUAACACUGUCACAGAGACUAAUAUGGUUCAGCUCGAGGAUAGUCUCACCAGAGAGCAGGUUUUAUUCAAAAAAGGGGUAAAUGAUUGCAGUUAACAAUAUAAGAAAAUGUUUCUUUUCCUGGAAUCAGUUCACACAAAUGUAAAUUUGUUCAGAGAACCAAAGAGAAACAAAAUGUGAGAUGUAAGGUGAGCAGACAUCGACGAGUGGGUGUAGAGUGUGAAGCCAAGAGUCAGGCAGGAUGCUUAAAUGGACUCCUUAAAGGAAUACUUCACCCAUGAAAUCAUCAUUUCUAUAUAAAUUACUCACUCCAUGUUACAUUAAAUACAAACGUAUGAUUUUGUUUUUUUA